CCUGCCUUAUGUUCAGGAAAAACGAUGGAAUUCAUGUGAUAGCAAAUAUUGCUUUGUGAUUAAUAAUAAUAUCCGGAGUAUUUUGGUUAAAAAUAUAAAUCAGGAAAGAUAAAUAUCACAUUUAGUUAAUAAUUCACCAUGGGUAAUUCACAGUCACAGUCAAGUGUUUUGAUAGCUACUUUAAUCAUUGCAAUAACUGCACUAAUACUUUCUGUGGGAGUGGUUGUAUUUUUGAUAUAUAGAUAUCUAUGUACAAAGAGUAAGAGAUAUAAGUCUGAAUCAACUGAUGGUGAAUCAAUUCAAAUUGAAAACAAUAAUAGAACAGAUGAUCGUAUCACACAAGAUGAACAUGACAUUCCUCAACGAAGGAAAGACAAUGAUAGUGCCAUUGACAUGCGGAAUACUUCUUCUGGAAGUUCGGAACAAUAUGAUGAAAAUGAUCAUGUCGCACAUCACUUUCGACUUGGGGUGCGCUCUAUUGGUCCACAGUUCACAAUCAGCAUAAGGAAGAAAGCGAAUACAAGUAUAUCAAGCAAUGAGACGGCAAAUGUGUACGGUCAUGUUCAGCCUGAUUCGCAAGUUGUUGCAAUUGCUCAAAGUUAUUACAAAGAAAAAACAAAUUCAGUUGACAUCGUAGGUAUUGACGACAUGGAUAUUAUUAAUCACAGACAGAAGAAAAAGUGCAUUCUAGAAAGACAGAAUGCUAUUGAUAGACCUACUUCGUUACUCUUUAUAAACCCUCAAACAUCAUGUGAUGAUAAUAACUUACCCCAGCAAGGGGCGUUUGUUCAUAGAUUGGUAACAAAAGCAGGUGGCGAAUUAACUGUUUUAGGUGUGAGACUAGAGAUACCUUAUGGAGCACUGGAGGAAAAUACACAAGUCACUUUGGGUAUCACGUGGGACUCUUCGCUCUACCCACAACUGACAAAAUCAUGCACAAUGUUAAGUCCUGUGGUUGUUUGUCAACCAUCAAUUCAUUUUCUCAAACCGGUGAAAUUAUCUUUUCCUCACAGUGCAGUCAGUCACGAAAAAGACUGGAAACUGUUUGUUUAUUAUAGAGAAAAUGAUAUUCAGGAAACAAAUACGGAAUGGAAGAAAUUAGAUUCAGAUGAAACGUGUAAAACAGAGAUUUCAACAUAUCAAGUAGUACUGUAUCUGAACCAUUUCACAUUAUAUACUCUCAUUGGAGAAAGUUUGGAAGGAAGGACAGCCGUAAAAGCAGUUAAACUUCUAGCGUUUACCACUCCAUUCCAGAUCAGUAGAAUGUUUACAGUUAGAAUAUAUUGCAUUAAUAAUUAUGAAGACGAUUCUGCUGAAAUGAAGAAUAUCUUGAAGUCAUCGAAGGAACUGAAUGAAAAACAAGCAGAUGUACCUCAGCCAUUGUUUAUUCAAGACAAUGGUGAAGAUAUAUCAGUCAGUCUAUCAAAGCUAUCAAAUGGGUGGGAAAACGACGGUAAUAUGUGUCAGAUGAUUGAUUUUAAAAGUGUAUGGAACUCUUUAUCACCCUCAUGUAAAUUUCUGAUACAUCCGUCUGGACAUUCGGAACGGAAAAUUGUUUGUGAAUUUACAUACAGUCAGAAUCCAUCCGAAAAAGAAAGAACUUUAAAAGUUUCCGAUGAAUAUAUAGAGGUAUCACCCUUAGCAUUGAAAAGACAUCCCGGAACACAAAGAAAGGUUAUGAAGGAUUUAAUUCUUAAAUUAGAUAUAAAAGGAGAAAAGGACUAUAGACUUUUAGCAGAGAAAAUUGGGUACUCGUUUGAACAAAUAAGAUGGUUGGAACAGCAAAAUUGUCCCAAAAGUCCAACAGAGAUUAUUCUUGAAAAAUGGAUUGGUGAUGGACGUGGACUCCAAGAGUUGAAACCUCAUCUUCAUCAAAUGGGACGAUUAGACGCUGUUUCCGCUAUAGAAGACAAAGUCUUAUGAGUGGAAUAAUAGAUCAUACUAAUUUUUCAACGUUCCAAAAAAUCUGCUUUUUUAUGUUUCUUCUUUGGCAAAUAUCUUAUUGUGAUUUAUUGAACAUUUAUAUGUAUAGAUAUUUGUAGGAACUUAAAAAGAGGCAAUAGGAAUAGUGCUUUAAUUUUGAAUAUGUUUUAUCAAAACUAGUGUAAAUAUCGGCAUGGUGUAAAUAAAAUAACUUUAAAGCUAA